UAAAAGAAUGCAUCUCUAUGCAUACCAUCAUCUUGCACAACAUCAUAAUAAAGAAAGAGGGCAAGUUCUGAUGAUGAGUCUUAAAAGCAUCUCUCUCACUUUUGCUGUUGCCAUAUCUGCAGUUCUGGCAUCAACUUUUGUGAUAAAUCCUAGCCCAUCACUUUUUCUUAAACAACUCAUUGAACUUGGUUUUACUAUUGAAGCUCACUUUUACCACCAGCACCAUCAUAAUAAGCAUCCCAGCAAAGACCAGAUAGUUAAUAUUUGUGAUGAUUUUCCACCUGAUAUUCCUCCUCCAGACACCAAUAUUACGUCUACUCUUUGCGUGGAUCGAAACGGAUGCUGCAACUUCACAACAGUGCAAUCAGCCGUUGAUGCAGUAGCAAAUUUUAGCCAGAAAAGAACCAUCAUAUGGAUAAAUUCUGGCAUUUACUACGAGAAAGUCACUGUUCCAAGAAACAAACAGAAUAUUACAUUUCAAGGACAAGGCUAUACAUCUACUGCUAUUGUAUGGAAUGACACGGCCAAUUCUUCACACGGCACAUUUUACAGUGGCUCCGUGCAAGUCUUCUCCAACAAUUUUAUUGCUAAGAACAUUAGCUUCAUGAAUGUUGCACCAAUUCCAGGGCCAGGGGAUAUUGGAGCACAAGCAGUGGCAAUAAGAAUAGCAGGAGACCAAGCAGCCUUCUGGGGGUGUGGAUUCUUUGGAGCACAAGACACUCUUCAUGACGACAGAGGCCGCCAUUACUUUAAGGAGUGUUAUAUCCAAGGUUCUAUUGAUUUUAUCUUCGGGGAUGCUAGGUCAUUUUACGAGGAUUGUCAAUUGAUAUCGAUGGCGAACCCUGUAGCAGCAGGACAAAGGGUGAUAAACGGAGCAGUGACGGCACAUGGACGGAGUUCAAAGGAAGAAAACACAGGGUUUGCAUUUGUGAAUUGCAGCAUAGGAGGGAGUGGAAGAAUAUGGCUUGGAAGAGCUUGGAGACCAUUUUCUCGUGUUGUUUUCGCUUUCACUUCUAUGUCUGAUAUUAUUGCCCCUGAAGGUUGGAACGACUUCAAUGAUCCCUCGAGAGACCAGACUAUUUUCUAUGGAGAAUAUAAUUGCUCGGGAGCGGGAGCCAAUACGAGUACGAGAGCAGCCUAUGUUCAAAGACUCAAUGAUACACAAGCUUCUACUUUCCUAAAUAUCUCUUUUAUUGAUGGAGAUCAAUGGUUGCUGUCCUACAAUAAUAGUUAGCUCAAUCUCUAAAUAUAUCAUUCUUUUAUUAGCCCAAUAUUCAACAAUAAAAAUUAUUCUAUUUUAUAGAAAUUUCAUUUACUGAAAUUUAAGUAUUGAAUAAAGACCCAUUAUAUACAAAAUUCAAAACUUUUUAUUAUUUUAUAAUUUAAUUUAAAUCUUUAAAAAUUAAUACAUAUCCUCAUUUGGUUUAGCAUAAGAGACCACAGCAAGACUUUUUUCUAUUUUUGGUUCUAAAUUUAUUAAUUUCUUUAAAUUUUAAUAGAUCUCAAUAUAAUGUUUGUAUUUGUGUUUUCAAACGCUAACUUAUAUUAUGAAGCUAUAUUAAGAGAGUUAAAUUUUACAAAAUCAAUUGCAUAAUUAUAGGCAAUGAAAUGAUUUUUUUAUGAUGAAUAUAUAAUGAUGAGCACAUCACAAGAUAUUUUAAAGAUAUGAAAUUACAAUUAUUGUUCAAACUAGUGGCAAAUAGAAAGAAAAUAAAAUUGUGAUUUUUAGCAACCAAACGUUA